GUGAGAUAGCAAGUAAGUUAGGAAAAAGACAAAAGGCAGAAAAAAAAAGUAUUAAAGGGAAGAGGAAAUAGAAUUCUCGUGUGAUUAGCUCUACUGUUUCUUUUAACACUGGGCAUAAGGAAGAAGAAGCGUCCAACCUCCACUCUUUGCCAGUUUCAGCACAAACAGAUUCCGCAAUGGCAACGGCGGCCUCUAAGGCAGCCGACUCCUACAUUGGGAGUCUUAUUUGCUUGAUCACAAAGUCUGAUAUACGCUAUGAAGGAUUCCUAUUUCAUCUUGAUGCUGCGGAAUCAACAAUCGGUCUUCGUAACGUGAAAUCUUAUGGGUCAGAAGGACGAAAGAAGGAUGGACCUCAGAUAUCUCCUAGUGACAAAAUAUACGAGUACAUUUUCUUCCGUGGUAGUGAUAUAAAGGAUCUGCAGGUUAUAUCUUCAGCAACCCCUCAAAGUACAGCAGUUGUUCCUGAUGAUCCUGCCAUAAUACAGACUCAUUUCCCUAAUCCAACACCACCAACCAUUGGCAUGACAUCUCCUGGUGCUGUACAAGUAGCAGAUGUUAGUACCAGUGCACCGUCCAUGCUCCCUGUUGCACCUUUCUUAUUGAAUCUGCCUCCAAAUCCGUUGCUACCAAGUUCUAACCUUUGGGGUUCAUCACUUCCUCCUCCGCCUGUAAAUAUCAGUGGGCCUGCUGUGCCUAAUUAUUGGCCAGGAUUAGUUGGGUCCUCAGGAGGAGUGUCUCAUUAUCAACAGCAACAGCAACAACAACGUUUUCCUCCACCACCACAAAGUUUGGUUGCAUCCCUUCCCAUUCAGCAGCAAGCGCAACACCAAAAUGUGAAUGCAUUAGCCGGAGGAUCUAGCUUGGCUGCACAACAUCACCCAUUGCUGCUGCCUAUUAGUACUACUUCCCCUAAUUUACUUCCUGCCAUGCCGUCUCCAUCUGGGCAAUCCAAUCCCAGGCAGCCUGCUAAACCGGCUUUUAAUUUGUUAUCUAUUCCAAUGCCAAAUGAUGCAUUCCGUACUCUUUCAACUGUAGCAGUGGAUUCUUGCCCAAGAACUGUGUCUUCUCUGGAAGCGGAACUUAAUGCCAAUGCUAAUCUGACUCCAGUGAGGAAAGAACCAAGUUCCGUCAUUAGCCCUUCCGGUUCUUUUCCAACAUUUUCGCAAACAGUGUCAUCUAUUGUAGACACAAAAGGUGCAUCUCUCAGCAAUCUGUCCAGACAAUCCCUCUUGACACCAGAGGUACAGUCAGGAGAGAAGGAUUCCUCAUCAUCUCAGUCAAUGAAAAAUCCAAACUUUGAUGUAUACACUGGUCAAGCAUCAGUAUCAGAACCUCUGCCAUCAGGGAGUACUGAGGAAACGCUGGAGUCAUUACCGAAAUCGCCAACUAAAAUAUUACGCGGAUCUACAUCAUCUCAUCACAAUAGAAGUUACUUUGCUCAGAGAAGAGAUGGGGCACAUCAAGACACAUCAUCCACUCAUCACAACAGUAGAGGACCCCCCGCACACAGAGGAAAUGUGCCAAAUGGAGGUCCUAUUUAUGCACAACAAAGUUACAGGAAAUAUGCAUCAGGAAGAGGAAAUGGGCUUAUUGGAGCUGCUCUACAUUCUCGUCAGAGUAAUAUGGGCAUGGGCAGAGGAAAAGUGCCAAAUGGUGUUCCUCAACACAAUCAUCGCAGCACAGGAAUCCAAUUCCGUGAUGGUGUUACUCAACACAAUCAUCGCAACACAGGAAUUCAAUUUCGGGAUGGUGUUCCUCAACACAAUCAUCGCAACACAGGAAGUCAUUUUCGGGGACGUGGAGCUAAGAAUCCCCUUGUGACUAAAAGAUUCUCCGAGGAUUUCGAUUUUGAGGCAAUGAAUGAAAAAUUCAAUAAGAAAGAGGUAUGGGAUUUUCUAGGCAGAAGUAACAAAGAUGAACCAGAUGAAGGAAUCGGGGAUGAGAAAGAGAUGGGUGAAAGUGACGCUGAGGAUACAACAGGGGAUCGAAGUGCAAAACAUGAUAAUAAGCCUGUCUAUUGUAAGGAGGACUUCUUUGAUUCUCUUUCUUGCCAUGCACUUGAUCGUGAAUCUGGGAAAGUGAAGUUCUCCGACCAAAGGAAAAAAGACGUCGAGACAUUUGGUGAGAUUCAGAAGAACCCAUGGGGUCGUAGUCAGAGAGCUCGCAUGUCAGGGGGGGUUCAACAAUCAUACCGUGGAAGAGGAUAUGACAAUGCACGUGGUGGGCGUGGCCAAGGAAGAACUGUUUGGGGUCGUGUCACUUGAAAAGAGCUUGUAUAUGUACCUGUGAAUGGUGUUCAGGAAGUAGACAUUACCCGGCAUUAUCUAGUAUUUAGUCAUAGUAAACUUGUAGUCAGGUUUAACUUGACGUUAUCGGUAGUUAUAUAUAAAAUAAAUAAAUGACAGAAGGGGGUAGAGUUUGCUGCUGAGCACCGUGGGUUAGGACUACUUAAAGAUGAGCUGUGUGUAGGACUUGAGUACGGUUAUUGUAAGAGUAUGUAAUCAGUCAGUGAGCUGAUUACCCUGAUACAUAAGCACUAGGAGAAACACGUAGUAAGUCUAGCUGCCUUGAAUAAAAUCUUUCAUGAACUUUUGUGAAUAACAAAUUAUCGACGUGAAAACA